CCUGUCCUUUCCACUCUUUCCUUUCUUUUUCCUGUUACCGCUCUCCACCUCUCCAACGAACUUUUUUUUUUUUUCAAUCCAAACUGUGGAUUAGGGUUGCACCUCUUCCCACGCACCACUCUCCCUUUCUCUGUGGUUUGGGGUUGGUCCCAGUCCAAAACAGAGACAGCAAGAGCCAGGACUGGAGGGCAGGAAAUGUGGGGAUUUUUAUUUUACAGAUUUCUCUUCCAGGACCUCAGAUACAACAGGAGAUAAUUUGAUGGGUUUUUUUUUACUAUUUGGAUUAUCUAUGGUAUUUUUUUUCCCCAGUUAAACCCUAAAUAUAACAGUUCCUGCUGUAUAUUUCUGUGGACUUAAUCCACCUGGAUUUCAGAUGGUGCUAUUCAACUAAAGGCAACAACAUGACAUCGAUGUAGAAGAACUGCUCCAGUGAUGCCCGGGCUUGUGACGUAGUUGCUGGACACAACGCCUGCUGAGUGCCAAGGGACAUCCCAUCUGCAAAGACAGACCUAUUCUGCUCCUUAGCACCAAAGACGCCCCACUCUCCUCCUCUGUGAGCCUCAGAAAUACUGUGUGAGAAAAUGGCCAGUCACAAAGAUCCUCGUUUUCUGCACAACCUUUCCUUCCACCCUCGAUGGCAUCAGGGUGCAAUCAAAAUUAAACAAAAGAGACUUGUUAACACUGGCCGCAGCAAAAACCGGUGUGGGUGUAGUUUAUUUCAAUUACAAUCAUUGUCAACGUCGUUAUCAUCACCAUUGUUAUCAUCUGAAUCACAUCUGCCAUUGACCCCAGUGCAGUGCUCCAGGAGCUGGCGGGGGAAAUGGUUCAUUGUCUUCCUCCUAAUGGUUUCCUUUCUGCCAUCUCAAGCUUGGGCAACAACUUUCAAGGUGGCCCUGGUGGGACCCUGGACAUGUGACCUCUUAUACUCCAAAGCCCAUCCUGACUUGGCAGCCCGCCUUGCAACUAGUCGCAUUAACAAAGACCCCUACCUCAACAAAGGCUACUGGUAUGACUACACGCUGAUCAAUGAGGACUGCAAAGCAUCCCGUGCACUUGCUCGAUUUGCUGAGCUGGAUGGUUACGGUUCUGCUUUCCUGGGCCCGGCCAACCCAGGCUACUGCUCCUCAGCUGCUUUGUACACAAAAGAGUGGGAUGUUGGGAUUCUUUCCUGGGCAUGUCUCAAACCUCACAUGAAAGACAGCGGGAUGUAUCCCACCUUCCUUCGGCCGAUACCACUCUCAUCCCAGGUGCUUUUCACUGUGCUGAGGUACUUUAAGUGGGCCCACGUUUCCAUAAUCUCAGAGGAAUCGGACAUUUGGGAGGCUACGGGACAUGAGCUGGCUUCAUCAUUGAGAGCCCUGGGCCUGCCUGUUCACCCUGUGGUCACCAUGGAGAAUGUCAAAGAUGGAGCCAGGAAAGCUCUGACGGAAGUACGGGAGGCAGACCGGGUUAGAGUGGUCAUCAUGUGCAUGCCUUCGGUCCUGAUUGGUGGGGAAUCUCAGUACCAACUCCUGACCACAGCCUUGGCCAUGCGCAUGAUUGAUCGUGGCUAUGUUUUUAUCCCAUAUGACACCCUCCUCUACGCUCUGCCCUACAAUGGUGCAUCGUACCACAUGCUGGGCAAUGACACCAAGCUGCGAAAAGCCUAUGACGGGGUCCUCACCAUCACCAUGGACUCUGGUGAACGCAACUUCUAUGAGGCCUUCAAAGACGCUCAGGACAGCUAUGAAAUCCGCUCUAGCACCCCACCAGAACAGGUUUCUCCAUUCUUCGGCACCAUUUACAACAUGAUGUACUUCAUAGCUAUGGCUGUUGAACAGGCCCGUGCCAAUGGAGGACGCUGGGUAACUGGUGAAAUCCUCAGUAACAACGGGGGAGGUUUUGAGUUCAACGGUUUCAAUCAGCCCUUGAGUGCGAGCAGAUAUGACGGAGGGAUGCAGGCUCGUUACGUAGUGCUGGACUACAGCGGCAUGGGUGGAACUCUCUACUCCACCCAUGCUCUGGAUGCUAUACAUACAGAUGGACGGACGGGGGGCUUGAAGUACCUCGGACGUUCAAUCCAUUUUGCAGGCAGUACACCAUAUACAGACUCAAGCUGCUGGUUUAGUCCAUACUUUGCCUGUUCUGGAGGACUCGAUACGGUUACUAUCUUCUUUCUUUUGCUUCUGUUCAUCGUAUUGGCUGCAGGAGGAGUUUACUUCUUUAAGCACUACAAGAGAAUGGGCAGGAUUGGAUUCAGCUUUGGAACCAGUGGUAAUGGUGGAUCCUCAAAGGUGAUCCUGACCCUGGAUGAUUUGGUGUUCAUCAACACUCAGAUCAGCAAACGGAAACUGAACGAUGAAAGCAUUCUGAGAAGUCAGCUGGAUAUGAAAACGCCUCAUCACUCUGUGUCCGGUCGCAGCUACAUGGCCUCCACGCCAGACAGCUCAAACGUUGCUGUCUUUGAGGGCGAUUGGGUUUGGUUGAAGAAAUGUCCCAGUGGUGCAGUUUCAAGUAUCAACAGUGUCACAGAGGAUAUCUUUGUCAAACUCAGAGACAUGAGGCACGAGAAUCUAAAUCUGUUCUUGGGUCUGUUCUUUGACUCUGGGAUCUUUGGGGUUGUGACCGAACACUGUAGUCGUGGCAGCCUAGAGGAUUUGCUCAGCAAUGAGGAUGUGCGUCUUGACUGGAUGUUCAAGUCAUCCCUGUUAAUGGAUCUGAUCCGGGGAAUGAAAUACCUGCAUCAUCGAGGUAUCAUCCAUGGCCGGCUCAAAUCCAGAAACUGUGUGGUAGAUGGGCGCUUUGUGUUGAAAGUGACUGAUUAUGGAUUCAAUGAAAUUCUGAAUUCCCAAAACAUCGACACUGAGGGUGAAAAACCAGAGGAUUUGCUUUGGACAGCUCCAGAACUGCUUCGAAGUUCUAGUAUUAGAAAGAGGGGCACUUUCUAUGGUGACGUCUACAGCUUCGCUAUUGUGGUUCAAGAGGUCAUCUCUCGCUCUGCACCUUACUGCAUGCUCGAUAUGCCUCCCAAGGAGAUAAUCGGUAAGAUCAGAGAUCCUCCUCCUCUGUGUCGGCCAACUGUAUCUGUGGAUGAGGCCCCACUGGAUGUGAUACAGGUGAUGAAACAGGCCUGGAGCGAAGAGCCAGAGAAGAGGCCGAACUUUGAGGAGAUCUUCAAACAGUUCAAAAACAUCACGAAGGGAAAGAAGACCAACAUUAUUGACUCAAUGCUGCGCAUGUUGGAACAGUACUCAUCUAAUUUAGAGGAUCUCAUUAGAGAGAGGACAGAGGAGCUGGAGGUAGAGAGACAGAAGACUGACAAUCUGGUGGCUCAGAUGUUGCCCAAGUCUGUGGCCCAGGCGCUGAAAACUGGAAAACCUGUGAAGCCUGAGCAUUUCAGUGAAGUCACGCUGUAUUUCAGUGACAUUGUAGGUUUUACGACCAUCUCAGCUCUCAGCGAGCCCAUCGAGGUGGUCGACUUACUCAAUGACCUCUACACACUCUUUGAUGCCAUCAUCGGAUUGCAUGAUGUCUACAAGGUGGAAACUAUUGGAGAUGCCUACAUGGUGGCAUCAGGAGUUCCUGCCAGGAACGGCAACCGUCAUGCAGCAGAAAUGGCCAACAUGUCUCUAGACAUCCUCCACUGCAUCGGGACGUUCAAGAUGAGGCACAUGCCUGAAUUAAGAGUCAGGAUUCGUAUUGGGCUGCAUUCUGGCCCAGUCGUAGCAGGAGUGGUGGGUCUGACGAUGCCUCGGUACUGUCUGUUUGGCGACACAGUCAACACAGCAUCUCGUAUGGAGUCCACAGGGUUGCCUUACAGAAUCCAUGUCAACCAAAGCACAGUUGAUGUCCUGAAUAGCUUGAAGCUAGGAUACAAGAUUCAAGUCAGAGGCCUCACAGAGUUAAAGGGAAAAGGCAUUGAGAACACAUAUUGGUUGGUGGGGAGGGAGGACUUCAACAAACCUCUGCCUAUUCCACCAGACCUUCAGGGGGGAAGCAACCACGGUAUCGGUAUUGAUGAGAUACCUGUGGACAGAAGACAAAAAUUCCUGGACCGACAGAAGAAGAUGGGCUAGCCUGAUAGUUCUGACUUUUUUCAAGCACUUCCUAAGUAUCUUUGUCCCUCACUGAAUGAAUACAUAGAGAAACGCAUGAAUGUUAAGUGGAGAAUGCAUGUUUAAAUGAAAAAUUACAUCCACAACUGUUUCAGCUGCACAGAAGGUUGAAUCCUGUUCUGAUCACAAAAAUAUUACGCACUCUAAAGUAAUCUAUUUGUUGGUUUUGUAGCUUAUAACUAUGAAGGUCAAUAUACAAUAAGCCCCGGCUCUGAAAUGUUUUUAAAGAAGCAUUUUUAAUGUUUAACUGAAAAAUUUUGGGAACAUGUUGCACAGUUAAAAGCACUCAGAGCUGACCGUGCAUUACACUACUGUGACAGGUGAUCCGGUAUCAUAAUGCUGGCGAACUUGUUAUUUCUACUAUCAUUUGUACAUUGUAAAGAUAAUGGAGAGAUUUAAUACUGAACAGCCGAAGGGUUAAAGCUAAUACUCCUGCACUUUUUUCUCUCAGGUAUAUUAGAGUCUAUUUUGCUCUUGCUUUAGGAGCAUUAGCCUUCUACAAAUGUAUUAAAACAGGAUUAAUACUUUUUCACAGUAAUAAAAGCUGGAAAGUUCAGGACAGGUCGGUCAGGCUUGAGAGCUCAGGCAGAGAAAAGCCCUGGAUUUUGCAGCUUUUCAUUAAUUGUUUUCACAUUUGAUGAACGAAGCCAUAUUCUCCUCAAACAUUCAGUAUGUGAUCGUGCACGAGUACAGAUUUAGGAAUACAAAUGUAAAAUGAAACACAAUGACUUCUCAUCAACAUAUUGUGAAAAGGCAGUUGAUUUGCUUGAUGGUUCUGUUCACUUUAACCUGCCAGCUCCAUUUUAGUGUAUGUAAAUGUUGUCUCAAGAAAAAAUAACCUCAAAAUUACAGUUUAAAAUAGCUGUGUAAAAGAAAAUGCUUGCACUAUAUACCCUGGGAAGCAUUUUAGUAGAAACAUAUAUAAAGCUGAAAAUGUUUACUGGUAAAUAAGUCUAAAAAGUCCCUUGGCCCACAUGUCAGCAACUGAAAACACUAUUAAAGCAUGAGCCAUUAUAGUAUAUACUACAUGUAGUCUAUUGUGCCCUAUUACUGAAGGACGCUGCAGACAUUAUUGAAUGUACAGCAAACUGUGUGUCUACAGGGUCUUAAUAGGGUAGCAUUGGGAAAACCUCAUUUCAUGACAUAUACGGUAUCUCCACUGCAAUGCAGAAUGUCUGAGCCAGCUGGCUGAGAAGAUCAUUUGCUUCAACAGAUUGAGCCUUUUUGUAUCUAUUGACGUCUUGUAGUGGAAAAUGCUGGGGUUUUUUCUUUGUGCUUUUGUUUGUUUAAUAUGAAGGACCCCAAACAACAGUAUCUGAAGGUCCUCUGGAAACAAAUCAAACCCCCUCUCUUCUCCAACCCCAAGGCCGCUAAGUUGCAUUUAAAAAACUAUGAGGAGAGCAGGGCAUGCAUAUAUAUAUAGAGAGAGAGAGAGAAAGAGAAAGAGAGGACAGAGUCUGCUCAUUCAUUUCUCUUUGGCCUGGGGGAAGCGUACUGUAUAUAUUGUAAAUUUGUACAUAGUUUGUUUUUGUGUCCUGCAGGGAUAGGGACUUCUUAGUGGAGUGUUUUCUGCUUGGGUUCCCUUUACCCCCCGACACAAAGGGAAAUACCAACAAAAGACGGGAGUCUAAUCGCAGUGAAUUCAACAGGAUUUUCCCCUCAACACUGUUCACUCACUCUGUUGCUGCCUGACUAAUUGCAAGCCGCUGCUCUGAUACCCAAGUAACCAUAGGCAGACAAUGUCAGCAUGUGAUUUGUGUCUGACAGGAGAUGUUUUCGGGAAACACACUUUUGACCAUUUCCAACAUGAGCCGUCUUGUCACAAUAGGUCAGGGUGUAGAUGAAGAAUGGCCAUCCAACGUCUUGAUUAUCAGUUUGCUUGUGGUCUUUCACACCAUUAAGUGUUUAGCACCAGCCCUGGCUCUUCAUGCAUGGUUAAACCCCUGAUGAGGAGGAACUACAAGAUUCUGAACUGACAUCAAGAAUGUGUAUAUCUGAAGAACAAAACUCUUAUUUAUUGCAUAGGUAAGACCUACUUUUUCUAGACUUUUAAUCAACUUGCCAAAUAGAUCACAAUUCUCAAAAUAAAUGGACUGUGCUGUUCAUUUUGAAAGUGUUCUCAUUGUGGUUCUGUAAAUAAAUUAUUGUUUUAGUGAA